CCGCGCUACACCAAGCGCGCGAGGCGCGAAACGCAGGCCACAAACGACGCGCCCCCAGCCCCCCAUCCCGCAGGGCGCCAUGGCCGCCGCCGCCGCCGCUGCUGCUGCAUCAGCAGCCACAACCGGAAGCCUCCUCAACCCCCGUCCUUCUCGCUCGCCACCUCCAUCCACCUCGCCUCUUCUCGGCACUUCCUGCGGGUGGCGCUCGCGGAGGCAGCCUCGGCCACGCCGCCGCCUGGUGCCCCUGCUCGCGGCGUCGCCGGUGGCGGCUGGGGAAGCUUCGUACACGGAACCAGAGGAGGCGCUGCUAGAGGCCCUCGUCGGCGUCCAGGGCCGUGGCCGUGCCGUCGCGCCGCGUCAGCUCCAGGAGGUGGAGAGCGCCGUGCAGACUCUGGAAGCAAUGGAAGGUGUGGCUGAUCCGACCAGUUCAAGUUUAAUUGAAGGUAGCUGGAAGCUCAUAUUCACUACAAGACCAGGGACGGCAUCUCCCAUUCAGAGGACAUUCGUUGGAGUCGACUCUUUCAGGGUCUUUCAGGAAGUUUACCUUAGAACAGACGAUCCAAGGGUGGUCAAUGUUGUCAAGUUUUCAGAAACAGUUGGUGAACUGGCAGUACAGGCAGAAGCAACUAUCAAAGAUGGAAAGCGCAUUCUCUUUCGAUUUGACCGAGCAGCAUUCACUUUCAAGUUCUUGCCAUUUAAGGUUCCAUAUCCGGUACCAUUCAGGCUUCUUGGAGAUGAAGCAAAGGGUUGGCUUGACACUACAUACUUAUCUCAUAGUGGGAACAUACGAAUUUCAAGGGGAAAUAAGCUAUCCAAAACAAUCUGUAGUGCAGGGAACCACAUUUGUUCUCCAGAAAAGUGCAGACCCAAGGCAAAUGUUGUUGUCAGCUAUAUCUGCAAGGACUGGGGUAAAAGAGAUGAACUUACAUCAAUCAAAAAAGGCGUUGAGGCUGAUCUGAACACACUAGCGGGAGAAUGGCAACUAUUGUGGGCUUCACAGACUGAAGGCGGAAGCUGGUCAUCUGUUGCAUCUGCUGGUCUCAGGGGUCUCCAGACAAUUAAAGAAGAUGGGCAACUGAAGAAUUUGGUCAAGCCAUUUCCGGGUGUCAGCCUCAAUGCAAAAGGCAACGUAUGCAAAAUAGGGAACAACAAUACCUUUAGCGUGCUUAUGAAUGAAGGAGCUGUUCAAGUUGGUGGUGUACAAUUCCCCUUGGAUAUUGGAGGAGACUUUGUCAUGGAGAUCUUGUAAGACUGGAUUUACAUUAACGUGAAGAUAAGAGUACAUUGACAGUAAGAUAAGAAUAUCUAGGCUCAACCAGCAGGUGCUUGUGCAUCUGCGCAAUAGGACAUAAAUACCCAAGUGGAGGAUCUGUGGACAAAUUGCCCAAGUUUGUUGCUGAACACACCUAGAUCAAAUGUCACUACUUGAAUUGCUUGACUUCACUGAUGCAUACAUUGUUGUAUAUACUAGAACAUCACUCAGAUUGAUGUAAUUAUAUCUGCAGAUUUACAUUUUAUGAGAAUGUCAAUCUGCAAUUAUGAUCAUGCAGAUCCUCGGUUCUUAAAUAUAAGAAACUGCAGUUCAAUGUAA